AUGUCUCAGUUAUCUGCAUACCGCCUGCUCAGCUUCGAUGUCUACGGCACCCUAGUCGACUGGGAAGAAGGCAUCUGCGCCGCCCUCCAAGUGACAUUAGAUCGCUACAGCGUCCAGUUCAAACGCGAUCAUCUGCUUAAGCUUUUCGAAGAUCUCGAACACGAACAUGAAGCCAAGGCCCCCGGCAUGCUAUACAGUGAACUGUUGGCCGCCGUGCAUCCGGCGCUGAUCGAGAAGUUGGGUCUUCCUUCGCCCACUGCAGGAGAGAACAAGCGCUUCGGCGAAGCCGUGGCACACUGGCCGGUCUUCCCUGAUACGUUGGAUGCAUUGAAGCGGCUCUCCAAGCAUUACAAACUUGUAGUGGUGUCCAAUGUGGAUAGGGAGUCAUUUGCCAAAACCAAUGCGGGUAGUCUGCAGGGUUUUCCAUUUGAUUUGGUGUUGACUGCACAAGAUAUUGGGUCGUAUAAGCCGGAUUUACGCAAUUUCCAGUACCUGUUGAAAGCCGUGAAGGAGAAGCUGGAAGUGGAGUCGGAUCAGGUCCUGCACACCGCGCAGAGUCAAUUUCACGAUCACCAACCCGCGCAAAAGAUGGGUAUUAAGUCGGUGUGGAUUGCGCGCUCCGGAGCGGUCAUUGGCAAUGUGGAUGAGGCUGUGUAUGACUGGCGAUUUGACACUCUGGGGGAAAUGGCGGAUGCGGUGGACGCAGAGAACGCGGAUAGUAGCGUUGGCUAG